GAUAUCCUUUAACUGGAAGAUCAAAGUGUACAGGACUCAGUGUGUGGUGAUAGAAAGUGAAACAUUGCAUAGAAGCUCCCUAUGGAAAAGUGUCACUCGAGUAAUCCUUAAUCGAGGCGAAGCUUAGCUUGGAGAUUGGUUGUCAUGGAAUCCAGAAAGUGGAUAGUGCUAGUGGCAUUCCUCUUCAGCAUCCAGUGUGGCGAUGGGUUUGAUAUCUUCCCGCCGAAGAGCGAAGUUGUCUAUCGACUGGAGACCGAUGUUACGCUGGUUCCAGAUCUGCACUCCCAGUCGAACUACGUGUGGACCAUGAUUGGGCAACUGCAUGUGCAACGGUACGAUCCGAAUAAUCUAGCUGUCAAGAUCACCCUCGACGACGCUCAUUUCCCGAACCAGAGUAACGUGAUCGCUCUGCUGGAACCGUUCCGCGUGGCUCUCGCCAACGACAGUUCCGUGCUAAGUGUCUUGUUCAAAGAGAACGAACCCAUCUGGUCGAGCAACAUCAAGCGGGCAGUGGCCUCGCUUCUACAGACCUACGGCGACAGUCCGGGAGCGUACGUGGUCGACGAGCAGGGCAUCUUCGGCAACUGUCCCACGGAAUACUUUGUGGUGAACAAGUCGAAUGUAUUUGAAAUUUCCAAGACCUACGAUAUGGGCAGCUGCAAUAUCUACCCGGGAGCGAUCUACCUGACGAGGAGCAACAUCCCGCUGAACAUCUGCACAGCUAACAAACAGAAUCAGGCCAUCACGUCGAGAAUUGCAAACUAUAAACUGAAGAAGGUGGAACCGUACCGGUACAUGUUGCUGGAAAUGGACGGAACGAUGCGAACCAAUGUGCGGACGUUUGAAUCUUACUAUCCGCAGUUCUUGUACACUAAAGUUCAACUAAAGUACGAAGGACACAGUUUGAUCGAUAGUCCUGAACAGAUAUUCAGUAUCGCUCAAGGGAUGUCCCUGCUGUUUAGUCCGAUACUGUUCGUCAGUCCGGACGACGAGGCAACCGGGGGAAGAAGUCCCAAAUCGAAGCAAAGUCUGAUCAAGAAGACGGCUGAUUUAUUGAACACCUUGGCGGAUAACUUGGAAUCAAUAGAUUCAAAGCUGAAGGAACCAUAUGACGAAACCGUGUCGGAGAUCAUACGGUUGAUGGGGACGAUGCACUUGGAUACACUGAAAUCCUUGUUUGAGGAAAUAGAUUUGGGAACUUCCUAUCGUCAAGAAACGGCGAGGAACAUUUUGCUGGAGAUUAUUCCCAGAACGGGAACGUCGCCUACCAUUCUACUGACACGGGACUUGAUCAUCAACCAGCAGGUUAAUCCAGCAACAGCGGUACAACUGUUGAUCUCAUUACCGUUCUACAUGUCCGAACCGUCGUACGAAGUAGUCAAGGAAUGUGAGGUUUUCCUAAGCUUCGGUACCGAUCGACCGGACAUCAAGCAUGCUGCUGUGCUGAGCUACGCAACGAUGAUCUACAACACGUUUGUUGCCGGUAAAAUGACCGCUGAUAGUUUUGAGAAAUACGUCAAGAUCUACUUCGAUAUGUUCUUGAAUAGCUUUGAAUACGAACAACAGAUGCUCUACCUGGAGGCGCUCGGCAAUCUACAGCUGGAAAACGUGGCCGAAUACUUGGACCCUAUCAUCAAGGCGGACUAUCCACAAAACACCGACAUCCGCUUCCUGGCUAUGUGGGCAACGAUGCCAACGGCUCAUCUUCGGCCAAACCAGGUCUACGAAACUUAUUGGCCGAUUUUUCACUCCAAAACUAGUCCCCUGCAGCUGCGGGUAGCUGCCUUUACGAUGCUCUUGAUAUCGAACCCAACUCCCGGCAGACUUCUAGGGUUGUACAGUGUGAUCAAAACUGAAAACGAUCCUCACAUGAUCAAUUUCUACCGGACGACGGUUCUUAGCAUAUCGGAAACGACCUAUCCCUGCUAUCAGCAUUUGAAGCAACUGUUGGCCUACAUGACCAGGCAGCUCCCCAAGGCACCACCAUCCAAAUACUGGGUUACUGGAAACUAUUUGUUCGACUACCGGGACCGCAAGUUCCAUAUCGGAUCGAUGCUGCAAGCACUACUGAUUGGAAGUCACAGAACGGAUCUGCCCAUGAUGGCUUACAUCAAAUUCGAUACAGAGGCGCUGGGCCGGUUCACUGGACAAUUGGGUUUCUACAUAAAAGCGCGCGGUCUAACGGAUGCCGUUAUUCAUCGAUUGACCAAGCUUAACUCCAGCUACCUAAAGCUGGACCGGCUGACAAACAUUCUGAAAUCGAUGAAGAUGCCCACUUCAAAUCCCACACCGCUUCACUUCGAGUUCAUCGUUCAGUUUGAAGGAAAAGCCGUCCUGUCCUACCAUCUUAAUCAGACAACGUUCCACAACCUGACCGACGGUGAUCUGAUCAACCGGAUUAAUUUCUUGCUGCGAGACAGUCACAUCAAUAUGCAAAUCGUUCGGCGUCCGUUCAUGAUCAAGUACGCGUUGCCCACUCUGAUCGGGACUCCGGCCGACAUUCUGAUCGAGAAUACGGUCCUGGCAACGAUCCGGGGAAAUACCACCCAGCAGAUGAUGAUGGACAAGGUGGCCCGUAGCAAUCAGGUCGAUCUACGGUACUCAUCCUAUGCUGUAGUCAAAAUUCGUAGCUACAACCCAAUCGAGGAUAUUGAGUACUCGACCAUUCGAGAACAGGGCUUCCUGGUGUACAUUCCAAUCAACAAUGAAAUCGUGUGGGACAUAGCCAGUAAAUCCAUCAGCUAUGCUUUCUACCGUCCCGAUGGCCUGACCAGUGGUAUUUCGCUGAAGAGCCGAACAAGAAACAUCCCUUCGGAUUCCUUGGUCCUCCGGGAUAGACUUGAACCGAAGGAGGAGGAAAUAGCUGGAUUUGGUUACACUUUCGAAGACCUAGGCAUUCAGUUUAUGGCCAGAGCUCAUGAAGACUACACCAAGGACAACGUAAUGUUUAUGUUGGAAACGGACGUCCUAGACAACGCUAAGGUCCUCUCGGGUGCACCGUUUUCCCUGGUCAACCACGUUCUGCGGAUUAUCAACCUGAUACAGCUAAACACGAUCCACAUUGGUCGUGACAAGCAUCUUACCCUUUUGGUGUCCAACAAGCAGAAAACUCGGCUUCAAGGUACACUCAAAUGGGACGAAGAGAAUUACUCUAAGCAACCCAACGUGCCGGAAAAUGAGGUGUUUCGCGUGAACCUGAUCCUAGCGCACACCAUUCCCAAGCCGGAAGGCGAAGGCAGUCGCGAUGAGGUCAAAGUGCUGCACAAAUGGGAUCUCACGUCGCAGUUUACCGACUACAAGAGCAACAAUGCGGCCAAGUUCUUCUUCUCGCUCACCCGCCAGGAGUGGAACAGUACCAAUUGGAAGCUUUGCCUGGUUGCUGAUUACGAGCCGCUGGUUUUCUUGAAAAGACCAUUCAGCCUUAUCGGUCACGUGGCCUUCAACGAAACUCGAACCCCGAAACGAUGUCCGGACAUACCACGGAUAACGUUCAACAUUUCCUACCAUCUGCCGAAAUACGUGCAGGAUGUGUACAACAUAAUGGACACCGGUGACGUGAACUGUCCCAAGGAAAUCCUCCGGCUGACUCCCCCACCUUUUUCCGGAAACUGUAGCGCCGAGACAUUUGCCCCGCUGACGACGGUGUCCGGACUGGAUGCUAGUUUUAAAUUCGAACAGCUUCCUUCGUGGAUCGUGGAACUGCUCCAUCGUUUGGACCACCUGGCCUCGGCAGUAGUGCCAAGACGGGUCCAAACGCUGAACAUUACCGACCAUCUUGACGUCAACGUCAAGACAACCCGAUGGAGCAGCGAUACGGACAUUACCAUCAACGGCGGUACGAUCUGGAUCCCAACUCGAUACAACUACAACGAAAAGCUACACCAUCCCAGGAAGAGUAGCAUUGAUUAUGGUUUUACCAGCAUGUGCAGUUUGGUCAACAACAAGCUGACCACCUUCCACGAUAGGAUCGCCCAGCUCACACCGGAGCUUAAGCAGGAAUACCGCCUGAACGAUACCUUCCUGCUGGCGGCGGAUUGUUCCGAUGCCCCGAAGAUUGCCGUCUUUAUGCUGGACAACGGGAAGGGUAUUCAGAUCUACACGGGAGGAAACUACAUCGUGUACGAAACCACCGGCCAGCAGGAAUCGGAUCCGAUUCUGAACAUCAACGACGAACAGUUGAUCAAUCUGAAGAACGUAGUGUACCAGUAUCCGCCGGAUGAGGAAAUCUACGACUUCCGGGUGUACCUGAACGAUGAAGAUAUUCUGGUGGUUGAAAACGAGCUGAACGGAGCGGUUGUGCAGUAUAAUCGGAAAUCGAUUGCCAGCAUUCUGCUGCCGACGGUACACAAGGGUCGAAUGUGUGGGCUGUGCAGCAGUCGUGCCCAUUGAAGAAUGUAGUGUAACUAUUUAGCAGAAGAAAUUAUAGCUUUAGGUGCAUGGCGUUUUAGAUGAUUUUUUUUUAUUGAAUAGCAUUAGGCAUUAGUGAUUGGAGACCAGGAUGUAUGACAAUGUUACCGCUCUCUUGCAUUUCUAGUGGUAAGUGGCUGGUGUCGGCAUGUAAAAUAAAGUUGAAAAUGUUUAACCUU